UGACGUUUGAAAUUAUGUUAAACCCGAGAAAGGCUAUUUAAGAUGGCUGAAAACAUUGGUUCAUUUAAUUAAAAUUUGUUAUAAAAGUUAGAAAGAUGGUUUGUGAUAUGAUUUGCAAUAAUUAUAAGAAUUGUAAUUAAGGGUUAAAAUAAAUAAAUUUUGUCUGCAUUAAGAAAAUUUUAUGCAAAGACGAAAUUUAAGGCAAAAUUAAGUAAAUAAUAAAUAAAAAUUAUUAAAAAUAAUUAUUAAAACUCUGGCUUUUACACUGAAACCGAAAUCGAAAUGGCGGCAACGAAACUUUUUUUCUUUUAAUGAGUUGCAAUUCAGCUAUUUUUUCUAGAUUUAGUAGAUUUAUGAACAAUCUAGCUAAAAAAAUCAAACAAUUCUAAUGGAAACAAUAUGAUUUGGUUAUUUUUAUUAAAAUGUCUAGCUGUAAAUUUGAAUUUUGAGUUGGCAACACUACUUUUAAUUAAUAUAUAUGCAGAUGCGGAUUGGAUGUCGUUUGAAUAUUUUACGUACUGUUGUGACAAAAUGUCUUACACAUUGCUAUCUGAUCUGGUUCAUCUGUCUUUUAAUAUUAUUAUUCAAGGUUUGUGUUUUUCUACAUUCUUAAAUUAUAAUGGCACGGAAACAAACGAGGUUUAAUCUCCAAUGGCUGGAUCCAGCUAUUCAUCCAGAAUUCAAUUCCUGGUUAGGAACUGUAAAAGAUGAUGAUACAAAAGCAUUUUGCUGCAUUUGUUGUAAAGUUUUCUCAUUAAGUAAUAUGGGAAAGCGUGCAUUAGUAUCACAUGCAAAUAGUUCUAGUUCUAGUCUUGUUGGAACAAACUUCACUGAGAUUUUUAACCCCAACAUAUUCAAACUUUUUUAAUAGUCAACAAAAUGUGUGUGAAAUGACUUCUGUUGUGGAAGAUAGAUCUAAGAUCACUAACAAACAGUCUCACCAAAUCAACAUUUCUUAGCAGCACAUUGACAUCUUUUGUGAUAAAAGAUGAUGUAAUAAAAGCAGAGAUAACUUAGUCAUUGGCAGUUGUAAAGAAAAAGAUGUCACUCAAUUCAUGCUCUGAUAUUAAAAACAUUUUUUUGAAAAUGUUUCCUGACAGUGCUAUAGCCAUGCAAUUUCAAUUGGGUCCAGAUAAAGCUUCCUAUAUAAUAAAUUAUGGCCUAGCCCAUUAUUUCAGAGAAAAAUUGAUUAAUGCUGUUACAAGUUGCAAUAAUAUUAAUAUCUCCUUUGACGAAUCACUAAACAAAGUUGCUCAAAGAACUCAAAUGGAUCUUGUGAUAAAAUACUGGGACAAGAGUAAAGAUAAGGUUAUGACCAGAUAUUUAAAUAGUAUCUUUCUGGAUCAUAGUACAGCAGAUGAUCUUCUCUCCGCAUUUCUCAAUGGUCUUUCAGACAUUCAUCUUGAUCUAGCAAAAAUUCUUCAUAUCUGUAUGGACGGACCAAAUGUAAACAUAAGUUUUCUGAAUAAAUUAGAAGAUCACAUGGAGACACAGAAUGUUGGUAAAUCAUUUGUGAGAAUGGGAACAUGUGGUUUACAUUGUAAAGUACAAUUAUUUUAUCAGAUCACUCUACAACAAUUCUUGUAUCAGCAAGAGCCGUUACCUAACGGGUACUUUGCGCGGGUUUGCGUUUAUUGUUGCCAGGCCUGGACUUUUUGCGUGCACCGAAGUAAAUUAAGGACAAAGUUAGUCAAAAUCAAUAAAAUGUUUAAUAAAGAUCUAAAAAUAACUAAUUACAAUAUUUACAACAAAUCAACCAAUUUAUUCAAUAAAAUCAAAUCCACAGUCAACCUGACAAAAACUCAAUCUAAUUCUAACUUAGAACUAUUCCCCUUGGAAUUCCGACAAAAAUCAAUCCUUAACUUAGGUAAAAAAUUUCUUCUAACUACAAAUCCUAACCGUCACCUCAAUUAUACUAGGAACCUUUUUCUCAACUCAAAACUUUGUCUAUCCUUGAUCCACAAAUCGAAUACUGCAAUCGCCUUGGACUAUUUUCCUACUGGACACCUCGUUCACUGAUACUAGCACACCAACGUUUAUUCUUUGCAGGAGCUCACCUCUGCUGUCUUCACUUGAGCUACGCUAUUUAUAGUCUGAGGUGACGUCACAGUUUCUAAGUGAGACACUCCCCUCAUUUACAUACUUACAUGUAACAUUAUCUUUUUUUCUUGCUUAUCUGGUAGCUUAAUUCCCGACAAUACUUUGUUAACCUUUUACAGUAUUUUGUUGAACAAUUAUCGGGAUGUUUCCUUUAAGGUUUAACAAGUUCCUAAAAGUCUGUGGGGUCUUCCCCCCCUUUCAGUGUGGGCUUACUCUCUGCCACUCGGGCGUGCACGUGAGUGCGAGUGUUGAGCUAUGGCGCUUUCUUUUUUUGUCGGUGAGUUGGUUUUAUCUUCUCUUUUUAACUUUCUAAGGUGACGGGUGAAGAAACCUUCGUCCUAACUAAACAUAAGCCCCAAACAAAAAUAUAAUAAAAGCAAAAUAAAAGUAAAUAAAAAUAAUGCUCGGACUUGGUUCCUUACAACAUGUAGUCCAUGGUGCUGUAAAAGCUGGUUUUAAAGUAGUAGAUUGGAAUUUGUUACCACUGCUACGGAAUUUGUACUACUUGCUAAAAGACUCACCCACUCAGCGUGCCAAAUACAUUGCUAUAAGUGGAAGCAGAUUAUUUCCCAAAAAGUUUGGUUCAACAAGGUGGUUGGAGAAUGGUGAGUGCUUAGAACGUGCAGCAGAAGUUGUUGAAUCUGUGAAGACAUACAUAAACAACAGUACAAAGUUGAAAGACAGCAAGUUGGCUACAUUCUUGAGACAGGCACUCAAUGAUACCUUUAUUAAAGUUAAACUUUUAUUUUUUCGGUCUAUAUGUACACAAAGUGAGAGCUUUCUCACCCAAUUUCAGAGCAACAAACCUCUUGCACCCUAUCUUUAUAAAGCAGUUGUUCAAAUAUUAAUGAACCUGAUGAGAAAGUUUGUGAAAAAUGACAAA